AUGGAAGCUGAGGUGGUACUUGCCUCAUCUCCGACAGACAAUGGUAUUGGGUGUUGGGACCUCCACACUGGUGCUGAGAUUCUCUGCCACAGGUCGCCAGCCCUUCUCACAGCCUCAUCUGUGUCGCCGGCCAUUUCAUCACCUCUUCCCUCCUCCGAGAUGGCAAGUAUUCUUCUGGAUCAAUUUUCUGUUGGUCUUGGAACAAGUCAGGGAACUUAUAUUGCUGGAGGAGGUGUUUCAGGGGAUGUAUACUUUUGGGAGGUUGCAACUGGGAAAUUGCUAAAAAAAUGGCAUGCACAUUACAGAGCUGUUAGCUGCUUGGUAUUUAAUGAUGAUCAGUCACUUUUGAUAUCAGGAGGCUACCAGACUCUGGCCACACCAUCGCCAGGCCCGACGGCGUCUUCAUCAAUGGGUUGGGCAGGCCACCAUCUUACCCAUGACCCCCGACACCACGGCUCAGAGUCUGUGACUUUGGUUACUCCAAGCACGACAGCCUACAUUGCACCGGAAGUUCUAUCCCAUUCGGAAUGUAAUGGCAAGGCUCCUCCUCUCUCUCAUAUUCACAAUAAGAAGCUGGUGGAGAUCAAGGGUUCUCGGUCCCAUAUGGUGUGGAACGUGUACGAUUUCCUUGACGUCCACCUCAGCCAGUGCUACUCUGCGCUUGUCACUGCCAAUGAGGCACCCAAGAUCGAGGUGAUGUACUACUGGUUCAAGAAGCAAAAAUCCUUGAAUCUCGGAUCCGAGAUAAGGGGAUUCACUAGGGUUCUACACUCUGGGAGGAUGGAUGAGUCGACGUAUAAGAUCCCCACCUUCGUCUCUUAG